UAAUAAACGAGUGCGUUCACAGUGGCCAUGAAAUCAUGAAUGACGACCCCAUUUCUUUCUUUAUUCAAUCCAAACUUUUCUUGUAACAAGCUCUCCAUUAUUGUCCUUUUUCUACAUGUAUAACGCAUGAAAAGGUCACUUACUUUUGAUUCUUUUUCUUGUUUUUGUUCCCCUCUUAACUCUUAAGUCAAGUAUGGACUUCUCUUCUUCUUGCUUCUGCUACUCUCACAUCUCACUCAAGGGGCAGAGCUGCAUGAUCUGAUGGGGUUCAAAUGAAUCGGCUUUCUAGGAAAAUUAUAGCGUGCAAAUAAAACGAAAAAAUUUCAGGGGAUGUAUAUCUUUGAAGAAUGAGAUGAACUGCAGGGCACCUGCCUUGAUGUCCAGGAGAAACCAGCCUACCUCUUAUACUUUUCUAGAAAAGAAAUCUGACAUUGUAAAUCAACGAGUAGUGGAAUUCGGAACCAAGUUUAGAAGUGGAGCGAAUUUUCUGGGAGGAUCAAGAGUCAUUAUUCAACUUAAUAUUCAAACAACUCUUCCGCAAAGAAAAAGCUCGACGGUGACUGCUUGUUUGCCAAGUUCUGAAAUUGCUUCUACUGUUUUCACACUGGGGACAGCAGCGGUUCUUCCGUUUUAUACCCUCAUGGUUGUGGCUCCUAAAGCUGAACUUACCAAAAAAGUGAUGAAAAGCAGCAUACCCUAUAUUGGCUUUGGACUUCUGUACGCAUAUCUAUUAUACCUCUCUUGGACACCAGAUACAAUUCAGCUGAUGUUUGCUAGUAAAUACUGGCUUCCGGAGCUGCCCGGCAUAACUAAGAUGUUCUCCAACGAGAUGACAUUAGCUUCUGCAUGGAUUCACUUGUUGGCCGUAGAUCUUUUUGCUGCAAGGCAGGUUUAUCAUGAUGGAUUGCAGAAUGAUAUUGAAACCCGCCAUUCUGUGUCUCUGUGCUUGCUGUUUUGCCCCGUUGGAAUUGUUACUCACUUCAUCACUAAAGCUCUAACCAGUAGCCCAGAAAAGAAACAGCAUAGGACUCAUUAACCAAGGAUGUAGGCCUUUAUAAAUGAUCAGCCUGAGUGUGACUAUCAGCAAAGUGUAAAGGUUUUCAGCAAUGAAACACAACAGUUGAAGCUUGUAAUAAAACAUUGAUAUAGCUUGUAUUCUUGUAAUACAACAUUGAUAUACUGUUGAUCCAAUUUCGAUAAAUCUAACUUGUCUCUAA